UGGUCGCUGGUAGACAACUGAAGCAGCUCUUAUCAAAAUACCAGCAGUUAAACCCCAUAUUAAAUACCUCUUAUUCUCGAUUUCAUAGUCGAAGAAGUGAAGAAGAUACUUUUCUCCCAUCCAUUCUCUCUCUUCUGCGCUUCGAUUUCAAAAAUUUUCUUUUAGGUAGCAUUUUGGAACUUGGAUUUCAAAAAUACUGUAAAUUAAGUGAUAACAUAUAGAAAUGUUGCACUAAUGAUUCUCAUAUCCAUGGAUUUGUUGGAUGUGCAUUUAAUAGUGAAUUGGAAUUUCCUGAGGAAUUUAGGAAUUCAAUAUAUUUAUGCUUUUUAUAUUUUCUGAAUAUAUAUUAGAUUGAACCCAACUAAUUUAUUCAUAAUGUAUGCAUUUCAUUUUACCAUUUAUUUAGCAAAUGAAAUCCAAAUAGGAAUUUUCAAAAUCAUGUUCCCAACAUAACAUCAGGCUUUUUUAGUAUCUUCAUUAACCAUUCAUAUACAUGGUAAAUUGCAUUAGUCUGUUUUGAAUCAGUUCAGUUCUCAUUUGGAUGAUUGUGACAUUUUCUGUUCUAUAUAUCUAUAGUAAUAUUGUUGGAAGUUUAGAAUUAAUUUCUUGUUGGAGGGUAUUGUGGGCGUCUAUGUUUUAAACUUGAUAUCAAAAACUUAGCACAAAAGCAAAGAAGAGUCUAUGUAAUGUGAGAUAACUGUUAGGUGUACAGCAAAUUUAUCACUUGGCAUCAUGAAUGGAUAAUCUGUUUGUCUAUGCCUACUCUAAAAUUCUCUGACCUUCUCUAUCUGUAAAAAUGUGAAACUCAUGGCUGUGUUUUGCAAGGGGUGACACAAGAUGGGGAUAACUGGUACUAAUGCUAUAAACUUUACAGAAAGAAAACAAAAAGAAAACCCUUAGAAGAGAGUGAAAGCUGGUACACUGGAAUAACGAAAGGUGUGAUUUAGUUUAUAUGAGCUACCUACCUGAUCCAAGCAUGAUUUCUAUCAUGGUUAUUUAAUAGCUCUUCUCAUUAUCAAGUAAUUGAAAUUGCUCUUCCAACCUAAGUUGUAUAAUCCUAUAAGGUGCUAUCGAAAUGUGAGAUUGACUGUUGCUGGUUCUUUCUGUGAAUGAUAUGAAAUAAUCUGAAUGCUUCUACAUGAACCAGUUGACUGAGAAAUGACUUUUGUGGUCCUUGGAUUGGACUAAUAAUCUUUAAGCAUAUAUACUUUGUUUUACCUUAAAAUAGACAAUUGUACAUGUAUGUUUGUUGAUGUGGACUGUUAUGUCUAUGUAUAAUGCUAGUUACUUGCUAUGUAGAUGAAUAAUAUGGUGAGUACUGCGUGCUAUUGAUCCAAAGAUCCUCCUUUUUUUACACAUGAGUGUUUCAAUAUAAAAUGUUGAACAUGUUUCAGCUUGUUUAAUUGUCCCCAUUGUUAUUUAAAAUGUCAUUAAAAACUAUAUGGACAUGGUUUAUAUAUAUAUAUAUGUUAAGAUGGAUUAAUGAACAAGUUCUAUAUGGAGAAUACUAGAAUUGGGUACUUUUUGUUUGAAAAUCAAUAUUGAUAUAAUCUUGAAGUUUGAUCUGACAACUAUCAACAGGACAUGGACCUUGUGAUGGAAAUGUUAGAAUGAUGAGUUGUGUUUAGAUAUUUUGGUUAUAAAAUAUAAUGUAAUGUACCUUUCUCAAUCUUUUGGCUUACAGUGCAUAGCAAGGUACACAGUAUAGCUGAAAUUCGUGCCGAAUACUGUAUUGGCUUUCAGCUUGUUUAAAACUUAUUGGUUUUCCAUGCAGCAUCUCCUAAGAGUAGUUCCUGUUAUCGGUGUACUUAAUGACAGAAAGGCAUUCAAGCCUACUCCGAAUCCUGCUGAAGUGGAUGCAGUAUUCGAUGCUCCACUGGAAAUGUUCAUUAAGGAAGAAAAUCGAAGCGCAGAAGAGAGAGAAUGGAUGGGAGAAAAGUAUCUUCUUCACUUCUUCGACUAUGAAAUCGAGAAUAAGAGGUAUUUAAUAUGGGGUUUAACUGCUGGUAUUUUGAUAAGAGCAGCUUCAGUUGUCUACCAGCGACCACCUGCUUUUCUGGAACAGAGUCCCAAGUUCAAGUUUCCUGGACUUGUGGACAAAUAAUCAAACUACGCACCAUAGAAAAAUUUUAGUCAACGUAACUUGUGCAUCAAUGGCAACUCGAAAAGUAAAUAGUCCAUCAUAAAUUAUAAACGAGACUGUUCAUUCAUGUCAAUCUUCCCUUUGUUUUACUCUUCCUUCAUACAAUUAGAACAAGAACAAAUUAUUAUUAUUAUUAUUAUUAGCCAAAUUAGCAACAAGACAGCUCUGCUAGCAGGAUUCAGAUAUCUGGAAACAGCUCAAAGUUUACUAAGUUCUUUCCUACUAAAUUUCUCCAUCUCUUCUCUAAAAUCAGCUAUGGCACUCUCACGCAAGCUCACCAACACUUUAAAUCCUUUAUUCUUCCCUGUAUUCGAUGAAGCAUAAGGCAGGAAAAAGCAUGGCUCCAUACUCCCAAGGAAAUUGGUUGUAAGUGGCAACACUGUCAUGGGACCUCCCCAACCAAAAUCUACAGCCGAAUGGCCCAAAUGUCGCCAAUCAGUGAACAUAACCCAUAGGUCAUAAUUGAUGAUUUCAUACAAUGACUGUGGUGUCUGAGCUGAAAUUCAGGGGCUUUAAAGAAGGGUCAAUUCAACAAAAAUAUAGGCUUACAAUUAGAAAAUGAAUACAUCGCUAACGUCGUGGGUUAGCUCAAAGGCUGAGCUGAUUUUUCGAUCCAUUAAACCAAAACUUGAAAACAACCCACGAAGCUUAUGAUCCAAAUUCAUUUGAUUGUUAAAAUUAAAUAUUAUACUCAUGGUCACUCUAAAAUAGGAUUUGUUCGAUUUUAGUCACUUAAA